UCCCUUACAUACUCACAAAUCAAUAUGGCGGAAAGCUUCGACUUCCGUAAGAAACGAAAUGAGAAAAGAUCGUGACAAAGAAGGAUUUAAACAAUUAUGGCUGCUCAUCUGACAGAGCGAAAAUUCAAAAACUUCAAAGAGGCUCUCCGAAAUCGAGGAGAUGCUGCGAAGAUUCGGGAAAGUGUCUCGGCCGCUCUCAGGGAGAGUGCCUUUCAGGCCCGACCCAAGCUUGUGGAGCCGAUCGACUAUGAGACUUACGUUGUGCAGCACAAGGUCUUACUCCACAAUGAUCCACAACGGGACAUGCUCAACUUCCCCCAUGAUGAUGUGGAAGUGCCGCCCCCGACGCCGGCCAAGAAGAACCGGACUGUAUAUUCCACUGUGCCAAAGAAUGCAAAGAAGCAAGCCAAAGACCUGAUGGUCCGACAAUGUAUUGACACAUACACAUGCAAAUGUCACAUGAUCAAAUUCAAAUAUGAAAAAUAUGCGGGCAGUUAUCAACAGUUACCUGCGGCCAAGAAAAAUGCCAAUCUUCAGGAACAACUAUUCGAGAUUGAUGCAGAGAUGGAAGAAAAAGAUGACGACACUCUGUCACGGUCGAUGUCCUCCACCAUCACCAGGAAGGGCUGGCUGUACAAGGGGCCUGACUCCGGCAAGGACAACAUCAUCAGCUUCACCAGGCAGUUCAAACGGCGCUUCUUCGUGUUGAAGCAGCAGACAGACUUCACCUACAUCCUGGAGUUCUUCAAGGAUGAGAAGAAGGCAGAGGUGAAGGGCGCCGUGUAUCUCGAUCUGGCUACUGAUGUCAUCAAGAACACGAAGAAGGGCAAGUUCUGUUUUGAGAUCCGGAUGAGUGAGGGGUCGUCAUGUCUGUUCGCUGCCGACAGCGAGGUGGACAUGGAGGAGUGGAUUGUGACCUUGAACAAGGUCAUCAGUGCGGCCGAGACGGCGUCCCAAGUGUCCAGGGACAGCAUCAAAGAGGAUCUCCCGGCCCCUGGUCAUGCCGAGAACUACAAGGAGAGUUCCAUGAACCAUCCAGUUGUAAAGUACUCGAGAGAAUCAGACACGUCGCUAUCCAGUGCCCGCCAGGAGGGUCGACAGAACCUCUUCCACGUCUACCCAGACAUGAGGAGGACAAAUUUUGAAGAGGAGGAGGUAGAAGAGGAGGACGAAAUUGAUGUGUUUCCGAAGCAGGAUGCAGAAAGAUUUCUCCUCCGCCUUGAAGAGUUCUCCCUGAAGCUGCAGGUCAACAUGGCCGACGAGGGUCUGGGCAACAAACACUGUAACCCGGAACCCUUCUUCAUCUCAUUUGCCUUAUACGAUGCCAAGGAAGGCAAGAAGAUUUCAGAAGAUUUUGUGGUGGAUCCCAAUGAGCCUGAAAUCAGUCGCAUGAUCCCCCCCGAUGUCCUGCAGGCCUCUGACAAGCUGCACACAGUGGAUGGGCUUGAGACGAUGCCGGAUCUGAAUGGCCUGAAAGAAGAUUGGCUGCGACACAAGCGACAGGGUAUCUUCACCGUGAUCCGCCGGCACUCGGAGAUUUACCUGGUGGCCAAGAUAGAGAAGGUGCUACAAGGGGGAAUCUCGCAGUGCGUGGAGCCAUACGUAAAAUUAGCCGACCAGAAGAUUGCAACAAAAGUCCAUCGGCAGAUGAAACAGCUGUGUAAUCACAUUGGACAUUACCGCAUGCCCUUCGCCUGGUCAGCAAGACCAAUCGGCACCACAGCAUAUGGGCACACAAACCUGCCCAUCUACAGACAGGAGGGAUCCAAGAUGUCGGAGGAAGAAAUAAUCAAACAACUGCAGGACUUCAAAAAACCAGAGAAACAGAGCAAGCUGCAGAGUAUCCCCGGCGUGCUGAGGAUCUGGUUCGAACAUGUGCCCUGUAGCCAAGUCAUCAACAAUGUGCUGACCCCCUCUCUAGUGCCUGUACACCCCUUCCCCAACCCCCCGGCUCAGGUGCCAGCUAUAGAGGUGCAGGAGUUCGUGCCGGACAAGGCCCCCCUGUACACGUCCUACGACUACUACCUGAACCAUCUGUACGUCUACCCCCUCGCCCUCAAGUACGACAGCCAGAAGACAUUCACCAAGGCGCGGAACAUCGCCUGCUGUAUCGAGAUGAGGGACUCGGACGACGAGGGAGCGGUGCCACUUAAGUGUAUAUACGGUCGCCCCCAUACGUCGGUGUUCACGACCGAGGCCACCACAGCUGUUCUCCAUCACAACACCACGCCGGAAUUCACAGAGGAGGUGAAGAUAGCACUGCCGACUCAGCUCAAUGAGAAGCACCAUCUGCUGCUGAAGCUGUACCACGUCAGCUGCGAGGCCUCCAAGACCGGCCCCAAGACAUCCUCUUCCUCCCUCAAGUCCAAGAACAACAUCGAGUUCCCCAUUGGCUUUGCCUGGUUGCCCUUGCUGGGAGACGGCAGGAUCUCGGUGGGCGAGCGGACGAUCAAGGUGGCUGUGAACCUACCCCCGGGCUACCUCAACAGCGAGUCUCUGGGGCUGGGCAGAGGGGUAAGUAAGAACUCAGGGCCAGACAUCAAGUGGGUGGAGGGAGGCAGAUCUCUCUUCAAACUUGGCAUCCGACUUAUGUCGACCAUCUACACUCAGGACCAGCAUCUGCACAACUUCUUCCAGCAGUGUCAGAAGAUGGAGAGUGACACCUCCCUGGCCGUCGACAUGAACAGUGUCAACAAACUCAAGAGUGACUCGGACGAUUCAGAGAAUUCCGACGACAGUUCUGAUUGGUUGUCAAACUUGAUAAAGUCCCUGCUGGCGGUGGAGGUCUCUGUCUACAUCCAGUUCCUCCCCACCCUCCUCAACCAGCUCUUCCACCUCCUUGCCCGCACCGCCAACGAGGAUGUCGGCAUCAACGCCGUCAGAGUGCUGAUCCAUGUGGUGUCAGAAGUCCACGACAACAGCAAGGAGGAACUUCUCCAGAAAUAUGUCAAGUACAUCUUCCGUCCUGACCCGGUUCAGAAGGGCAGCAAGCAGAAGACAGUCCACGAGGAGCUGGCAAGGAGUCUGACGUCCAUGCUGCGCCCGGCCAAUGCAGACCCGCUCGUCAUACGCAAGUUCCUGGAGCACGCCUGGUUCAUCUUCGAGAUACUUAUCAAGAGUAUGACACAGUACCUGAUUGACACGGACAGGGUCAAGAUGCCUAGGAAUGAGAGAUUUUCCCCGGACUACCAGUACCGUGUACAGAACCUGCUCCAGAUCGUGGUGACGCUUAUCUCACAGCGACACCAGGAGGAGGGCACGCAAAACGCCAACAGGAGCCUUGCGUUCUUUGUCAAGAACUGUUUCACAUUAAUGGACCGAGGCUUUGUGUUCAAGUUGGUGGCCAAGUACAUCGAAAUCUUCAAUGUUGCCAACAACAAGGAACUUUGGAAGCUGUAUGAUCAGAGCAAGAACCCCUCGUGUUCUGCUGACACGACAUGUUUGGUGAUUCUCCAUCAGUUCAAGUUUGAGUUUCUGCGCAUCGUUUCAAGCCACGAACACUACAUCCCACUGUGUCUGCCGAUGAUGAGGAGAGGGCGAGUUAAAAACUUCAAAGAGUUCAAGCCAGAAGAUCUGAGGCAGGAUUACACGCUGUCUGAGGAGUUCCGUAAGACUCACUACCUGGUCGGGCUGCUCAUCCAUGAGCUCAAGCAGGUGCUUGUCCAGCCUCGGGACAUGCGUCGCUGCGCCAUCACCGUGCUCCGCAACCAGCUCGCCAAACAUGCCUUCGAUGAUAGAUACGUUAAAACGGCCCAGCAGGGACGUAUCGCCGCUCUCUAUCUGCCCCUCAUCUCCGUGCUCCUGGAGAACAAGAACCGCCUCAUCAAGGACGUCCAGAGCCCGACCUCCAACUCAGCCCCGAAGCCCCCCGUUGCUAAUGGUGACGCUCAUGGACUGAAACCACCCAGCAACCAAUCAAAACAGCCGGCUCCUCCUGCCCCGCCCCCAGCCCCGGAACAACGCCCCUCGUCAACAGUCUUUGAUAUGAUUGGUGGAGUGACUCCGUACUCCAGCAACAUGCCGCAGCUGAACGGUCGGAUGUCCCGAACUGUGAACGGGUCAAGUAUCUCCAUCAACAGUGACUCCUCCUCCUCCACCGAGAAGGGGGACCGGGAUGUGACAGAGAAGUCACAUGCUCGACGUGAAUCUACUGCGACCUUGACCCCCGCCCCACCAUCUCCCUACCUCCACCGCUACGACAAGCUGGACAUUCUAGAGAUCCGCGACCUUCUCCUGUGCUACCUGUACGUCGUCAAGUGUCUCCCUGAAGAUAUUCUCCUUGGAUGGUUCAACAACUCCUCUGAGAAUGAUAUCGUGGACUUCUUCACAUUGCUUGGAGUGUGUCUGCAUCAGUUCAGAUACCAGGGCAGGAAGAGGAUCUAUACGCUCAGUAUGAUCGGCGACACAUCUAAGAAGGCGUUGUCCCUGCCGUCCAGCAGGAAGUCUAUUCCUGGAUCCAGCCUGUCGUCGGGGCGGACCAGCAUGUACAGCGACGUCGUGGACGGCUUCCACACGCCGACGUCCUCUGAUGCGGAUGCAAUGAUGCGGGCACUGAAGGAGGCCAACAUGACGACAGAGGUGGGCCUGGUGGUCCUAGAUAUCCUCGGACUCUACUGUCAGUACUUCAAGAAAGACAUGGAGGCACGGGAGGGGGAGAACGCCCCAAUGAAGGCUGUGUUCCGUCUGUACCUGACGUUCCUGCGCACCAGCCAGUCUGAAACGCUGCAGAAGCAUGUGUUUGCUGCACUCAGAGGCUUCAUAAAGAAGUUCCAGAUCGCCUUGUUCAAGGGAAGUGCCUCUAUGUGUGGGGAACUCUGCUAUGAGAUCCUGCGGUGCUGCAGCUCCAAGCUCAACUCCACCCGGAGGGAGGCGUGUGCCCUGCUGUAUCUGCUGAUGAGGACCAACUUUGAGUACUCCAACAAGAAGAGCUUCACCAGAGUGCACCUGCAGGUGAUCAUCUCGGUGUCCCAACUGAUCGGGGACGUGAUGCUCCUCAGUACGUCGCGUUUCCAGGAGAGUCUCGCCAUCGUCAACAACUACGCCAACACCGACCGCGGAAUACAGUUUCAGGAUAAAAAUUCUAAGACACAGAAAUCAAACAAGAAAAGUCAGAAAACUCCCUUCCCUGGUGAGGUGAAGGAUCUGACAAAGCGGAUCCGAACCGUGCUGAUGGCAACAGCACAGAUGAAGGAGAACGAGAACGACCCUGAGCUGCUGGUGGACCUUCAGUACAGCCUGGCCAAGUCGUACGCCAGCACGCCCGAACUGCGCAAAACAUGGCUGGACUCCAUGGCCAAACUCCACAACAAGAAUGGAGACUUCUCAGAAGCUGCCCACUGUUACAUUCAUAUCGCUGCUCUUAUCGCGGAGUAUUUGAAGAAGAGAGGAAAACUUAGAUCACGAGCGUACCCCCAGGGUUGUACCGCCUUCAGCCGCGUCUCCCCCAACAUUGCAAUUGAGGAGUCGGGCAUCAAGGACGACUCCGGAAUGGAGGAUGUGCAGUACACUGAGGAAACCCUGGUUGAUUUCCUGGAGCAGGCUGCCCAGUCUCUGGAGAAAGCAGAACGCUACGAGCUCCUGGGUGAGAUCUACAAACUCAUCAUCCCCAUCUACGAGAAGACCAGGAACUUCCAGAAACUUCAAGCAAGUUACGAUCGUCUGUCUGGUGCCUACCACAAGGUCAUUGAGGUCAUGUACUCCGGCAAGAGGCUGCUGGGAAAAUACUACCGAGUUGCUUUCUUCGGCCAGACGUACUUCGAGGAUGAUGAUGGCAAGGAGUACAUCUACAAGGAGCCCAAGGUGACUUCGUUGACGGAGAUCUGCGAACGGCUCAAGACGAUGUAUGCGGAGAAGUUCGGGAAGGACAACAUCCGACUGAUUCAGUCGGACAACAAGGUGAAUCCCGCUGAGCUGGACGCCCGAUUUGCCCACAUCCAGGUCACCUACGUCACACCGUACUUUGACGAGAAGGAGCUGGCAGAAAGACUUACCGACUACGAACGCAAUAACAACAUCCGUCGCUUCAUGUUCGAGACGCCAUUCACAAAGGAUGGCAAAUCCCACGGAAACAUUGAUGAACAGUGCAAGAGGAGAACCAUCUUGCUAACUUCCCACACGUUCCCGUAUGUCAAGAAGCGUAUCGACGUCAAGGACCGCAAGGAGUACAUACUCAAACCUAUUGAGGUCGCGAUCGAUCAGAUGCAGUGCAAGGUAGCGGAGAUGAAAGAGGUCCUCAACUCUCCGGCCCCCGACCUCGUCAAGCUGCAACUUAAGCUGCAGGGGAGUGUUAAUGCACAGGUGAAUGCUGGGCCGCUAGCUUAUGCUGAGGUGUUCCUUGAUCCCAAGAAAGUUGGCAACUGUAAACCAGAGAAGGUGGAAGCAUUGAAAGAUGUGUUUAGGGAAUUUGUGAAUACAUGUCGGGAUGCCUUAGAAUUGAAUGCUCAGCUGAUAACCACCGACCAGAAGGAAUACCAUGAAUCUCUGAAAACUGGCUUCAAUGAUAUCGUUGACAAGCUGUCCGUCAUGUUUGGAGAGAAGAUAGUAUUUGACUUUGAGGGAUUGAAACGAGAUUCUAGAGUCUAGAUGGCAAUGGCAGACACCCGUAACUCCAACGCCCGGCUCUCAAUGACGUUCUUCCCCAACUCUGGGUCAAGUAAUGCCUGAUUAUCACACCUCACACAGGAACUACAACCACUGCCUUGCUGCUGGCCAGCAAGGGAGUUAACUCUCCAGUAAGGGAGGUAACUCUACAUCAAGAGAAUUUACUCUCGAUCAAGGGAGAUAACUCUAAGUUAACAUUAGAACCUUCACUGUUUCUCCAUGGAACUAAGGAAGUAGCAAGGAAGUGUUCUUCUUGCUGACCUUUGCUAACGAUGAAGUACAACAGUUUGCUUGGAUAGAAAGUCGUUUUGUUCAAAGGCGGAAGUAUCUAAGUCAGAUCAGUUUCAGUGAAGAAGUUGGUGAUAUCAAUGUAGCCAUUGGUGAGGCCAUACCUGGUCAAGAUGGGGAAGAGAUGCUAUGAUGGGAGUGAACGAGAUUCAGUAAAACUAGGGUGCCUUCAGGUAAACCAAAAACAUACAAGGCCAUCAACUCACAGUCCAGGGGAGACAACUCUUGUCACUUAUUCUCCAGUCCACCAGCAAUGAAGAUGAAAGAUCUCCCACAACAUUAUUAAGGACAGGUGUGAAUGUAAGCCUGAGCUGAUCGCAUUUUAUGAUAUGUAGAGUUAAAAUAUGAAGCUAUUUCAUGUAUCUGUAAAUUUCCUGGAAUGUUUUAGCAAGAAUAAUAACAAUAUUCCAGCAGCUAACAUGUUUCUGAGAUCUUGUUACACCUAAUUCAGCUGUAUGUAGUCCAAUGUUUACCCUAAAUGGCAGACAGUCAGAAACUUGUCAUGUACAGUUUUAACUAUCUGUUAAUUCAUUGCAUAUAAAAGUUGUACCCGGUAACCAUUAGCUAUUUGCCUAUUGGACACAGAUAAUCAUUGCACAGAUAAGUUAAUAUUCAAUAUACCCCAAAAAUUCUCCCAGGGACCUUUCAAGUUGUUGUAUCUAUGAUAGCAUAUAUGAAAAAAAUGUGAAUUAAAUACAACUACUGAGCGAUCAGAAUGGAGUUCAUUCGGCCACACACAAAAUAAUUAUUAGAAUUGAUCUAAUAUAUGUUUUAGAAUAUGAGGCGAAGAGCAGUUUCUUUAAUUUCUUUUUAGACAAACUGUUCGAGGCAUCUGAGAACAUUAACUGUCAGGUGAUGUCAUGUGUGUUAGAACUGUGAAAGGUGAACUUCACCAAGCAAAGACAGACGGGAACGCACAUAUCACUUUUGUCUGUGGGUACCUGGGAGGGACGAAGAUCAUCUCAAUCCUACUUAAUAUUACACAUGUUGACAAUGACUCAAUGAAAAUGUUUUUAGGAAUUCAUGAACCACUCACCUAAAUAUGUAAACUAAUGUCAUACUGCGGAUUUAUCAAUAUCUAUUUUACACUUGCUUAUUGAAUAUUUUUAAACAGAUAACAUGACAAUUCUGUUUACCUGGCCUGCUGCUGUUGUCGCCAUGGCAACAGAGAUAUAGCAUGUUUAAUAUAGUCAUCCUUAAGCAAUAUACUGUUUGGGGGGAAAAAUGUGCACUUGACUAACUGUAUGCAAAGAAAUGGACCUUAUUUGUGGGAUAAGUCUUAUUGGUUUAUGAUUGUAGGUAUUCAUGUAUCUGAAUGACUUUGUUUCAAUCCGUUUGUUUAGGAGGCUCAGUGUUUUAAGUAGACUCAAGGAUCUUUUACUGUAUCAGCUUGUUUUUACUGUGAGUGUGAUGCUCGAGCUCAAAUAUGUUUAAGUCAAUUGUAUUCCUCAUAAUCAGUUUGGAUUGGGAAUUUUGAUUCGCAAUUCUGUUAAUUUGUUAUUCAUUUUACGGUCUA